CCUGGAUCAAUAACUCAUAACAGAAACGUUGUUAAAAUACAAACAACGGCUCUUUCUAGCCGAGGUAAGGUAGACAACGAGCUACAACUUCAUUUUAACACAUAACAUUGGUCUCUAUGUGCAGCCGGCGGUGAGACGAGUGUUGUGCAAAUUGAAUAAGAAGCUCUCAGAGACAAACUGACUGCAGACCAGUGAACGUAAAAACGUGACAUGACGUCAUCACGCUAUAGCAAGCAGAGUGCGCUGUGAUUGGUCAGUUCCUCUGUGUUAUUGUGCUGCUGUCAGUGCUGCACUGUGCUGCUGUGGGAGUUGCCAGACCAUCCGACGCUUAAUGUCCAGGAACACCAGUUUUCAGAGAAACGUGAUGACGUCACGAGCCAAGGAAUUAAUUUGUUCCAACGUGUUUGCUGCUGCUGCUGCAGUUUGAGGAACGCCUUGCUUGUCUCUCUCUUUGGUUUCCAGCUGAUUUAAGUGGGAAGGUGGAGCAGGGUUAUAGGCAAGACCCAUGGCUGCAGUGCAUCACCCAGGGUGCCCACUCAGGGACUCACUUUACUGGGAUGAAACAGACUGCCUGAACUACUAUGGGAUGUUGUCUCUCCAUGAGGUCUUUGAAGUAGUUGGUUGUCAGCUGACAGAGACUGACAUUGAAGUGUUGUCAUUCCUUCUGGAUGAAACCUGUCCUGCACCACACCCUCUUGACCCGACGGGUUGGACAGUUGAGCCCUGUGGGGAUGAUCCAGAUGACUUGGGCGUGUCUCCAAGUCCUGAGCUUCUAAGAGCCUGGAUGCGCUUAAAGCCUCAGGGCUACCACCAUCCCUUAGUGCCCUCAUAUAAGCCAAAGAGUGGCCUCGAGCUGUUGUUGGAGCUGGAGAGACGAGGAUACCUCAGCGAUGGCAACCUGGAGCCACUACUGCAACUACUGAGAGUCCUCACUCGUCAUGACCUGCUGCCUAUAGUGUCCCACAAGAAAAGGAGGACAGUAUCUCCAGAGAGAAUUGGACAGAGAUUUGAAACAGAGAACAGGCAGUUGGUGUGCGCCUCUGGAAUGCAACACAGCCAUAGACAGACAGAAACACCUCUUCCAUAUUUCGCACAGCAAUUGAGAACUGGUACUAACCCUCCUAUGCCUGGGCCAUCCGCUAGGAGGAAGAGGAAGAAGAGGGGAAAUGGCUGGAGCCGCAGGCCCAAGAAACCAAGCAGACAGGGCCCGCCACUGCCUCCGCCACCACAACCACAUAAAGCGUCCUGCAAUAUCCGCCUGCGUGUCCGGGCCGAAUACCUGGAGCAUGAUUCGGCACUCCGCGAGGGCGUCUCGUCGGACAAACUGCAGCCCCUGGAGCGACAGUUUGAGUUGUUCAGCAAAGCCAGCUCGCUGCUUCGCGCCAGAGACCUGGGCUCCAUCGUCUGCGAAAUCAAGUUCACAGAGCUGGACAACCUCGAGGCCUUCUGGACCGACUACCUGAGCGGAGCUCUGCUGGAGGCCCUGAAGGGAGUCUUCAUCACGGACUCCCUGAGGAUGGCAGCCGGCACGGAGGGCGUCCGCCUGCUGAUCAGCGUGGACCAGGAUGACUACGAGGAGGGCCGAAUAGUGCUGAGAGCUAGGAGAAUGUUUUCAUCUAGUAAUGGUGGGGGCACAGAGACACACUGGGCUGUAUAGGCUGAUAAGACUCUUUGGGGUGUAUUAUAUUAACUUUGAGAAUGGAAUGGUAGGGAAUGAAAUUGUUACAGUCAAAUUUGCAAGCAUUUGCAAGACUUCCUUUUCUAAUUGCAAUCCAUGUAAUAACCACUAGAUGGCAGCUCUCACCAUUGGUUUUGUUGUGUUCAUAACCAGCCUUACAUUUUCAGAAAUUGUCAGUUUUUCGUUGAAACAUUACCUUUUAUUUGUAAAAGAAAACUGAAUAUUAAUGGAUCAAUGUGCUUUCCUUUGGGAUUCAUGCACAGGUGCUACUUUGUAGGACACCAGGAUGAAACAAGAUGUAUCAAGAUUUGUCUUCUUAGUCUCAGUGAGAACAAGAGCAAGCAAGCCUGUGCCAAAAGAAGUGGUAAGCCCCUCAUGACACUGUCAAUCUUAAAUAAAUAAGAUUAAGACAACAGAUGUGCCAUAAAUGAUAGAAAAUACCACAAAUGUCUUCACAUGCUCAAGGUUGAGACUACACGGACAUACAUGUACACAGAUAAAAUGGGCCACAAUCAGAACUUGUAAUCAAGCAAUUGUCGACCAUUUCGUCCACUUUCAUGCAUAGACAGCGGGCGUUCAGAUGCCAAGACGACAGACGACUGUUACCCAACGAAACAUGCUUCACCGCUUGGUUUUCGUUGACUUGUUGGAUUUGAAGAAUAAUGAUAAUAUUAACUGGCACUUUUUUCUUUAUUUAAACUAAUUUAAAGGACAAAGAAACAUGCCAAGAAAAGUUUCUGAUCUUUAAAAAAAUGUGCGAGAGAACUGAGCACAGAUGGAAAAGUGGGCUUCUCUCAGUACAGAUUGACCUUUGUGUCCAACUUUGGGAGAGCCGAGCCCACGCAUAUACACCUAGAUAACCAACACUGGGAUUGUCAGCCCUGUGUGCCACGAUAACCCGACUUGUGAUUGCUGUGGUCAGUGGAUACGGCAGUUGCCAGUAGAUGACAGCAGUGAUUAGGGCUAGGCCUCAGCAGACCAUGGAAGAUUCAUCAUCCCAAGCUUGUCAACAGCAACCCGGAUAAUACAAUGGUGGCUUGUGUCCAGGCUUCCAGCUAGGCCUCAGCAAGUGCUUCUCUCAGCAAGUAAAGCACAGGACAGUGCGUCGGUCAAUAGAAGUGAUGUUGGGGAGAUCAAAAUCAAAAGUGCACAUCCCAGCUCCACUCAGCCCUGCUAUGUAGGCCCAGUAGAGUGGCUCACGGACAGCUGUCUACUCACCCUGCUGGAACUAAUGCCUGGACUCCACUCAUAGCAGACGAUCAAUAAGGCCCCUCCUCUAAGUCCCUCCAUACAGGCACGACUUAAGCAGGCCGACUCGCUACUGUCUGAAGCUCUGCAGGGCUCUGCAGGGACAGACGGGGAGGGACAAUGGACAUAUUUCCAUGUUUACUGAAACUGAAUUUAUUAAAAUAUGAUUGUGUUAUUCAUAGGAGAAAUAAUGUAACUAAUUCAGGGAAACAUUUUUGUUAAAGAAAAAAAUCUUUUGGUAUGCCAUUUCUUUUUGUGGAAAUCUUUAUAUAUGAGAUAUUAUUUCUGGUGAAUAAUAAAGGUCUGAUGUCCUUAA